CUCUCUCUCUCUCUCUCUCUCUCUCUCUCUCUCUCUCUCUCUCUCUCUCUCUCUCUCUCUCCCUCUCUUUCUCUCGCCUCACUCCUCAUCGGCCAAUACCAGCUCUUCGACUGGCACCCUACUAGAGCAUUGUGUCUUUUUGGUAAACGACAAGAAGAAAGGACUAACAGGCAAAUAGAUUAAGAGAGAGAGAGAGCAACAGAGCGAGAGUCAGAGAGACAGAGACUUUGAUAGAGACAGACUGACAGGAGGCCAGCAUGGCCAGUACCUUUCUAUCUCUACAUUUGAGGGUCUCUUUAUUUUGGUUUUCUGAGGACUAACUUCGAUAAUAUUAAACAAAUAUCACUUUGUGAUUUACCACCAUUUCUCUCUCCGUCGCUUGUUCUUUUUGCUGUGCAUCUGUCCCGCUGGCGAAGGGGCCGCAAAUAGUGUCAGGAGGCUUGGCACGUAGCUUGGACUUGUUUAGUGUUUCUAUUGUGUACGUUGUACUCAUAAAGUAGGGCGAAGCAGUCCAUCAAAGUUAGAGUGUGAGGAGGCUGGGGCGAGAGAGCUGAGGACAACAUUAGCUGGAUGUUACCUGACCCAGGGACUGAGCACACUGGCUCCAACAAAACAUAGGAGAUGCCUUUUCUGAAAUCAUUCCCAAAUCAGACAUUUUGACACCAAUACAUUUCAUGUUUCACACAACAGGACACAAAAGUCGGCCUUCUUUUUGUCCCACAAAUGGGCUGAAUUCUGAAACAUUCUAAACACAACCCAUCGAAGAUUUUAACUUUGUCCAAACUCACCCUCCGUUUUCACAUAACACACUCUGCCUCUCCCUACCCACCUGGCAACUGCCAAAAUCAUUGAGCACGGAUACACACACAUGCAUGCACAUACGCAAGCAUGCACGCACGCACAAACACACACACAAACACACACACAUACAAGGGGAAAUAAAAUGGAGCAUGAUAGGUAAUGGCAGGUAUGGGUCGACAUGAGGACUAUUUUAAGGGCAGUUAAGCUUGAAAUUAUGAGAAGAAACUACCAGCUGGUCCAUAUGAGAGGGUUGCGGGCCUUACGCUAGGGGAGCUGUGCUCAUCACUGGGCCCGGAGCGCCUGCUGCAGGGCCAGGCUUAUUAGUUGAAAAAUCAUUAAUACAUUUGCCGACACGUGUCCAUCAAUAUGUAACGAAACACAGAAACAUAAAAAAAACGAAUUACUUACAACAUUGCAAGGCUCCCUCCAACCCCCAAACACACACACACACACACACACACACACACACACACACACACACACACACACACACACACACACACACACACACACACACACACACACACACACACACACACACACACACACACACACGCACAAACACACAGACACACCAUCAGUGUUCCAGUGUGGAAAAGUGCCGGCGCACCCAGGGAGGACAGAGAAAGGCUGCGUCACCAUGAUGGAUAAAGUCUCCUCCUCCGCCCUGCACAUCGAGUGUCCCACCAGCCUCCCCCACCCCUCCCCCUCCACCUCCCCAUCUCCUUCUCCCUCCCCCUCCCCCUCCUCUCCUGCCUCUGAGGGGCCCAGGACCCCUCUCCAGGCCUCGUCAAGCAGCCCCCACCCCGAUGACAACGUCCCCAGAGCUGGAUCUGUUGCCACGACAACAGCAUCUCCCAGCCCCGGUGCAGAAGGUGAGGCCAUGACCAUGAAGACGAAGACGGGAGCAUCCUACACACCCCGUCUCCCCCCGUUACGGUCCUCCCCCCCGCCUCUGCUCCCGACGACCGCAUCCACAGCAUCCCCGAAGACCACCGCAGCUCGCUCCCCCCGGGCCCCGCCCGCUCCCCUGCCCCCCCACAUCCCCGUCAUCAGCCUGGGCCACAGCAAGCCCCGCCUCCCGCUGGCCCACACCCCGCUGACCGCCCUCCACCCCAUCCCCCCCCGCCUGGCAGGCCCCCCCGGAGGCAUCCGACUCACCCAGCUCACCUCCCUAUCAACGGGGGGCCUGGGUGGGUGCCCAGGGGGACCCCAUGGCCCCUCCCUAGGGAACCUGUUCCCACUACAGUACUCUGAGCUCUACCCUUUCUUCACCCGUUCCUACCUAGGGCCUGGGGGUGCUUACGGUAUAUACCCCAGUAGCAGGAUGAAAAGACGACCCUCCUCCCACUUUGAGAUGGAACUCAAUGACUGCCCUCCUCAGAAGCUGGCCCGCCGUGUGUUCACCAACAGUCGGGAGCGCUGGCGCCAGCAGAACGUGAACGGCGCCUUCUCGGAGCUCCGGAAGCUCAUCCCAACACACCCCACCGACAAGAAGCUCAGCAAGAACGAGAUCCUGCGGCUGGCCAUGAAGUACAUCAACUUCCUGGUCGGCCUCCUCGAGGACCAGGCCCUUGAAAAGACCGGCCAUUCGCCUGAGGACCAGGCCCAAAAGGAGGAGGCUGAGGAGGGGGAAGAGGAGGAGGGAGAGGGCGGGGCUGUGGAGGAUCGGGACUCCAGUGAACGGUUUGAGAGUAGCGUUCCAUUGCCCCCCAGCCGUCUUCCGGCGGUAGAUCCGGCCCGGCCCGACUCCUGCGCGGCCCCCCGACACAUAGACUCCAGCCAUUCGCUGUUCAUGCUGGGCCACUCGCCGACAACCUCCAUUUGCAAUGGCGACACGGACAGUGAGGAAAGCUUUGGCACAAUGACCUCGUCGGUGACCCGUGGCAUUCUGGGAAAGGUCAAGGGUCAGAUACGGACAAAGGCUGCAAAUGAUGUGCACUGACAUCAAUUGACAGCAUGGGACACAGGGACAGUGUUAGAGGUCAAAGGAGAAACAGGUAAUAAUAAUGGACACACACACAAUGUUUUAUUAUUGACCAAAUACAUUUUGCCUGAGAAAUGUGAUUGAUGGGUGAUGAAAUGUUGUUUGUGUUCUGAAUUUUAUUGAAAUAUGUAUGCUUACAUUUGAGGUGUGCAUUCGAAAAUGUUACAUGAGACUUUACACAUGAUAAAAACAUGUUUAAUACAA